AUGGCUGCUGGGCUCAAGACCAUCAUCGCGCUCUCCUUCGUUCUUGCCAUUGGCUUCCUCCUCGUUAUCCUCUCCUCCGCGUUAUGGCAUAAGUACUGGCCUCUGCUGGUGGUCGCCAUCUAUGUGAUUGCGCCCCUCCCCAACUGGAUCUGCCAGCGAUGCGCAAACCCAGACGAUUUCAUGGACAGCUCCAGUAAUUCUGCAAUGGAUUUCGGUCGGUUCAUGACUGGCUUUUUGGUCCUGACUGGUAUCGCACUUCCUAUUGUCCUUGCUCACAGCGGUGCCAUCGAGCUUCCCGCCAUGAUUAUGUCAAUCUUUGGAGGUCUUCUGAUUUACGGCACUAUCAUUAGCUUCUCAAUGUUCUUCCAGGAGCAGGAGGAAUUCUGA